AAGUUCCACUUUUGGUACCUGGGGGAGUCAGUAUAGACGGGUGUGUGUAAAGAAAGCUUGUGUUCUCUUGCUGUCAUGGCAAAGCUGGUGGAGUGUGUACCCAAUUUCUCAGAGGGGCGUAACAAGGAGGUAAUUGAUGCCAUUGCCGAUGCCAUCUCUUCCACGGACGGCUGCAGCUUGCUUGACGUCGAUCCAGGCUCCUCGACAAACAGGACAGUGUACACAUUUGUCGGCCCACCUGAGGCAGUCAUUGAAGGGGCACUGAACGCUGCUCGGGUUGCGUUUAAACUUAUAGACAUGACCAAACACUCAGGUGAGCACCCUCGGACAGGUGCUAUGGACGUGUGUCCCUUCAUACCAGUGCAGAAUGUCACCAUGGAGGAGUGUGUACAAUGUGCCAAUGAAUUUGGCCAAAGAUUGUCUGAAAUCCUGCAUGUGCCAGUCUAUCUCUACGGAGAGGCGGCUAGAAAAGAGAGCAGAAGGUCACUUCCCUCUGUCCGUGCAGGGGAGUAUGAGGCAUUGCCGGAGAAGUUGAAAAAGAGUGAAUGGUCCCCUGACUAUGGCCCCGCCAUCUUUGUCCCCUCUUGGGGUGCCACGGUUACCGGCGCCCGUAAGUUUCUCAUCGCCUAUAACGUAAAUUUGUUGAGUACAAAGGAACAGGCUCACAGAAUUGCACUGGAUAUAAGAGAACAGGGCCGGGGCAAAGAUCAGCCUGGGCUUCUGAAAAAAGUUCAAGGAAUGGGAUGGUACCUGGAAGAAUCCAACCUGGCUCAGGUCUCAACCAACAUCCUGGACUUUGAGCUGACAUCCCUUCACACUGUAUAUGAGGAAAUCUGUAGGGAUGCCAAAGAUUUGAACCUGCCAGUGGUGGGGUCUCAGAUCGUGGGUUUGAUUCCCCUGAAGGCAAUGCUGGACUGUGCUGACUUCUACAUCAAGACAGAGGAGCUUUUUGUUGUAGAAGAGGAGCACAAAAUCAGACUGGUUAUUAGUAAACUGGGGCUUGACUCCUUGGGCCCAUUCAUACCAAAGGAGAGAAUUAUAGAGUAUAUGGUGCAAGCCAAUCAGGACGAUGGGUGGCUUGCUUCUCUGUCUCUGCAGAAGUUUGUACAAAGUGUGGGGGCCAGAACAGCAGCACCUGGUGGCGGCUCCGUUUCAGCAGCAAUUGCUGCCAUGGGUGCAGCCCUGGGCUGUAUGGUCGGUCAAAUGACAUAUGGGAAGAGGCAGUUUGAAUCUCUGGAUGCGGAGAUGAGAAGACUCAUCCCUCCAUUUCAUGAAGCCAUGAAUGACUUAUUGUUCAAAGUGGAUGCUGAUUCAACAGCCUUUAACAGCUACAUGGCUGCCCUGAAACUGCCUAAAGGCACGCCAGAUGAAAUUAAAAGGAGGGAGGAAGCCAUGCAAGAGGGUUUGAAGAAGGCGGUGGUCGUUCCUCUGUCCCUGGCAGAGAGAAUAAACAUGCUUUGGCCCUCACUUAAAAAGAUGGCACAGUACGGAAAUGUGGCCUGUAAAUCAGACAUACAGGUAGCAGCUAAAGCUUUGGAAACUGCAGUAUAUGGAGCUUACUACAACGUCAUUAUUAACCUGAAGGAUAUCACUGACGCUUCAUUCAGGGCUGCCACUGAAGUGCGAGUGUCUGCGCUGUUGAAGGAGGCCACGGAGAAUGCCAACACAGUGCUGAAGACUGCAGACAACAGGAAAUGAUGUCACAGACGGACUCUAACUCACAGCAGAUCAAAUAAAGACACUGAAUUACAAACACA